GGUUUUAAAAUUGUUGUAAAAUUUUAGUUUGAAUGCAAAAAUCUCUAUCCAUGAGCUUUGUUGGGGGAAGAAAAUCUCAGACUGCAUAUAAUCAGACAUACAAAAAAAUAUUUGGGUCUAUAGAUUUGCAUGAUGGUGAUGGUUACUUCAAAUUAUAUUGCUAUUUCACAUUAAUAAAUAUCACUUCAUUCUUUUAAGUAGCUAGUUUCAUUUUCACGACAGGCUUCAUUGUGCUAUAGUGGUCAUAACUGUGAUUGUUGUUUCGUUCUAAAUUCAUCGUAGAAGAUACAACUCAAGAAAGCAACCAGCCAGCCUCCGCACUCAUAACACUUACAACUGAUAAAGGCAAAUAUCAUAUAAUUAGUCAUGACGUUUGGAUGUCAAGGUAUACGAGCGCAGGAUAUCAUAUCCUUGCCCCUUUUAAUAAUAACCAUGGUUUUGCCUACUUCAUUGGUAGGUAAUAAAGAUGGUAAAGGCGAUGAUGAUGGCAAAUGUGAGUUAAUCGGGCCAUUCUCCUUACUUACUCAAGCUGUACUUGGAUUGUUGUGUCUAUCUUGUUUAAUAAUAAAAAGAUCAUAUGAAUAUCCUGUGAGAAGAACUUGGCCGGUGUGGAUGUUUGAUGUAUCUAAGCAGUUGAUUGGUGCUUUGGGUGUUCAUAUAUUUAAUGUGUUGUUAUCAUUAAUCAAAUCUAAAAAGCUUGGUGAUAAUGAUAAUUCAAUCAAUUUCUUACCUGGAUCCGAACCUGGAAAUGGAGAUGAUGACGAUUCAAUUAAUGAUCCAUGUAAUUGGUACUUUUUAAAUAUUGUGUUUGAUUGUACUAUCGGGGUUUACGUUCUUUACCUUGUUUUCAAAUCUGUGAAUAAAGUUUGCAAACAAUAUUUUCAUAUAACUCAAAUCCAAUCUGGAGAAUACGGACCGGAUCCAAACAAACCAUCCUUUAAGGCUUAUUGGAAACAAUUGGCCAUAUAUUUCACAUCAUUAAUGAUAACGAAAUUUAUCUUAUACGGUAUUGUUGAAUGUUUUGAAACACAAUUGUUAUGGAUUAUAGAGCAUAUUAUUUUGGUGUGGUUAGAUCAAUAUCCAGAAGAAGUUGAAAUAUUCAUGGUUAUGUUUGUUGUACCUAUUGUCAUGAAUUGUUUACAGUUAGUGUUAGUUGAUAACUUUAUCCGUAAUCAAGUGUGGCUGAGAGUCAAUCAAAGAAUUCAAGAAGAAAUAGGUUCUGGGGUCACGGAUGAUCAGGAAAGUUUACUUCGACAAGAAAUUGCUGACUUUGCCAAUGAAGAGACAAGGUUGUUAAAUCCAAAAAGAAAGCAUGAACAUCGUGACUCUCAAGAUUCACAACUUGUAACUCAUAGUGAUAGUAGUAAUAGUACUAUAUAUUUUGGAGACAAUGUUAAGAGUUAUGGAUCACAAGAAUAGGCUAAUUUUGGGUAUAUAGAAUAGAUUACAUUUAUUAUUUUUAUUUAUUAUUUGA